AUGACAGUACCUAACUCGAAAGUGAACGGAGGUAUUGGACAUUGGGGUGAGUGGCGUCCCUGCUCCGUGUCGUGUGGAAUGGGCACGCAAGUCAGGUACAGAAGAUGCAGCAAUCCACUUCCACUUGAUGGAGGCACAAUUUGUACUGAAGAUCGUAAGAAUGAACGUGAUUGCCCAUUUUCAUCAUGCCCAGUGGACGGUGGAUGGGGAUCCUGGAAUUCCUGGACAAACUGUUCAAAUACUUGUGGAGGUGGAACGAAAUCACGCACGCGGAGUUGUGAUAGUCCAGCACCGAGUCAUGGGGGUGACUACUGUGUUGGUGACUAUAGCGACACCUCUAGCUGUAAUACUAUCAUUUGCCAAGCGAAAAGUGAAUGGGAAUCAUGGCUAACUUGGAGCGCAUGUUCAGUCAUCAAUAACAAUGCAAUGCGAACAAGAUGCCGGAAAUGCAACGAUACUACUCCUCAAUAUGACAGCUCUUCCUGUUUUGGGAGUCAUCUGGAAUCGGAUCAAUGCACGAUAUCAACUGGUCGGGACAGAAGAAGGUGUAGAUGUAGGUGCUCAAAGCUGGGUGCUAUAACAAAUAUCAGUGCCGUCGAAUUAGGGGAAAUGAUGGAAAAGACGAAAAAGGAACUCACAGUGGACAAAAAGCAAACUGCAAGUAAGGCGAUCCUUUCUGAAGCUCAGGCCAAGACAUUUCUUCGGCCACAACGACGAAGCAAGCGUUCUGCAUACGAAGAAUGCCGGGAAGGGUGCUAUCUUUUGGAACUUUUGGAAUUUGGUGAUUUAGAGAAAAUGAAAGAAUUUAUGAAGAAUUUUAAGUGUUCAAGUAUUCCAUGCAAUGGCUACUGUACAAAUACCAACGAUGACUACUUACACAUCGACAGACUCAAUGUUGUUUGUAUCGUUGACGGUUCCUGGGGGUCCUGGAGUGGUUGGGGGACGUGUUCGGUAUCCUGUGGAGGUGGGGUUCAGAUCAGGGGCCGGUCAUGUGAUAGUCCAUCACCACAAAAUGGAGGUUCGUCCUGUACCGGAACCAGCAGCCAAAACCUUGAGUGUGGUGCGACACCGUGUCCAGUCGAUGGUAUGUGGUGCCCAUGGAGCUCGUGGAGUGACUGUUCAGUAACCUGUGAACUCGGAUCGAUGCACAGGACUCGGCUGUGUGAUAACCCAGCACCAGAUCAUGGUGGUCUGCCAUGUACCGGAACGAAGAUUAGCACGGCCGCGUGCAAACUUCCACCUUGUCCCGUGGAUGGAGCAUGGUCGUCAUGGCGAACCUGGAGCGCAUGCGCUGUUGUUAACAAUGAUGUCAUCCGGUCAAGAUGUCGGAAGUGCACGAAUCCAAUCCCACAAUAUGGGGGAGCAUUUUGUCCCUACAAAUCACUGGACUCCGAGGAAUGUCCACUUUCACCAGAUACCUUCAAGCCUAAAUGCAGGUGUCGACAAGCUCGUAUGCCAGUGGUUAAAAACAUCAGUGUGACUGAGUUAGUAGCCAUCAUAGACCAACUGAAAGAGGAAUUGACAGUCGACAAAACCCAAACAUCCACGGCUGUUAGGAAGAAAAUGUCUGCUCCAGAUUCUCGGAAGUCCUCGGCGGUCAUAGGAGCUCUACUGGGUAUUGUUAUGUUGGCUAUACCCAUCCUCUUCAUUUGUGCCAUCGACUUGGUGAACGUCUACCAAUAUUUUACUGGUAGAUAUAGGAUUUGGCCAUCACCGAGAGGACAACUUCAACACACCACUACUCCAACUCGCCCUCUGAUCAUGAAUUGGAAGAUUUAAUCAUCAAGUGGUUCAAUACUGGAUAUUAUUAUACUGGGCACUCUUAGGAUGUUCUCCUUAAAUACCGGUAUUGUGGAUGAUGCCAUUCCGUUCUAUAUAAAAUGUAGAGAACAUAAGUUUGAAUUCCGAUGUUGAACUGGAGUCUUUAAAUAUGACUUAUCAAUAGGUUGACAUUAAGGGUGGCAAUACCAUUUUUAAAGGGCUUGUCGGACCAUCAGUGUGAAAUGUUUAACCUACUAUCAAUGUGUAGAGGAACUGGACUUGGCCAAUCGGCAAUGAUCACUUACAAAAAUAUACAUCUUGAUUUUGGAUGUUCCGGUUUAAAUUCCGGUUGCAUUUUCUUUACAUAUGUUGACAACCUUCGCCCGUGCUAUGCACCCAAGAAACAUCACCCAGACAUUUACAAAAGUGUUUAUCAAGAAACCAAGAAUGUGUUAUAUCUAUUUUAUCAAGUUCAUAUUAACAUGUACAUAUAUUUACAUGUACCUGCGCACCUUUGUCAAUUACGUCUUAAGUAUGUGUACUCCAUUUAUGACGUCACAAAUAAAUUUUAAUCGCCUGAAGAGCCCCAAGAUGGGCGAAAGCGC